GUUUUUUUUGAAAAACCAGCUUAAAAAUGAUGCACUAUCGAAAAGGCGAGAAUGUCGAAGAAGAGAUAUCAAAGGAGAAUUUACCAUUUGAUAACCUCCCUAAGGAUUUUCUAUGGAUGCAUGUUAAAGGCGGCACCAAAGUCUCAAAUGUAAUCGAUUAUGCUAAAAAGUCCCUCGACAAAGCCGAACAUCGUACGUUGGUGUGGUCGGGAUAUGGAGGUGGCAUUGUCAAGACGAUAUCAUGUGCGGAAAUCCUUAAACGUAGUUAUCCACUUCAUCAAAUUACUCGGUUGACUUAUAAGAAAAUUGAAGAACAUUGGGAGCCACAAAUGGAGGGUUUAGAACAAAUUGUUGCCAAUCGACAAAUACCUUGUAUUCAUAUUCUGCUCACACUUGAUGAGGUCGAUGAUAACACCACUGGCCUUCAAAAGAGUGGAACCAAAACAUGUUUUUGGGUAGAACGUCCUGCAAACAAUUCAAGAUCAUCUAAUCAACCAAGUGGAUCUGGCCGAAAUAGAAAUGACCAAGGAAGACAAAGAUAUGGAAAUCAAAAUAAGAAUUCGAAAAAUCAGAAUAAACCAAAUCAAAAUAAGCCACCCCACCAACAUCAACAACGAAAACCUAAACCUCAAAAUGCUGAACCAAUGGAGUCGUAGGGCUUGAAGAUUUUAGAAUAAGUCUGUAAGGAAUACAAAAGAUUUUAUGUAAAGUGUAGUUUUUUGGUUAAAAAA